AUGGCGUCCGCGGACGACCCCUCGCGCGCGCGCUUCGGCGCCGCCAUGCUCGACGGCUUCGCCGUCGACGUCUCGCACCAGGAGAUCGAGCGCGUCGUCGUCGAGCUCGAGGAACUGUACCGAAGCCAACCGGGCGAGUGGCUGCCGAUCGCCGGCAUCGGCGACUACCUCGCGCGCGAGCUCGGAUACGAGGACCUGGACGAGUUCGAGGACGCGCUGAAGAGCGAUUUCGCCGCCUUCGUCGGGAAACUGCCGCACGUGGUGAUCUCGCGCGUGGAGAGCGAACUGACGCCGGGGACGUUUCGGGACGUCUUCAAGGUGACGACGCCGGCGGCGACGGGAAAAGCGGCGAAACCGCGCGUCAUGCGAUUGCGGGUGCGAAACAGAGAGGAUCUGUGGCGAGUGUUCAUGAAAUCGCCGAACACGGCGCUGGAGAUUCCGGAGAUUGAUUUUUACGUCGGCGGCGACGCGAAGCGCGCGGUGGACUCGGUGUACAACCACGUCGCGGCGUGCGUGUUCAAUCUCGAGACGCACGUCGCGCACAUGGCGACGAGCGCGGAAACCGAGGAUGAGCGUCGAGGGAUCUUGGAGACGUGCGAGGCGCUGCGAGGGAUGUUGGAUUUAGAGCGGGAGUUUACGCUCGUCGCGCGAGACGCCGACGGCGCGUGCGCGUUCAAACCGGACGACGGCGUCGAGAUCGAGUACGUCGACGACGCGUGA